AUGGAUUCUGAUAUGGAUAUUCUGACGACGACGCACAGUUUAUACCAUUCCACGCUAGAGGGUCAUUGGAAUGAAGCUUUGACGAUAUACAAAAACAAGGUGAGUAUUAUUCACGAUAAACCGAUCAACAGCUACGGCGACACAGUGUUGCAUGUGGCGGUGAACGACCACAGGGAAGAUAUGGUGGAGAAUCUACUGAUGGAAAUCACGAGACUUGGGUCGUUGUCGGCGCUGAAAACAAAGAAUCAUCGAGGGGAUACCCCACUGCACUGUGCGGCGUCAAGAGGGUCCCUCGAGAUGUGCAAGUGCAUCGCCGAAGCUCAACGGGACACCCAACUGAUUGAAGCUCGCAACGAGAAAGGAGAGACUCCUCUCUUCUUGGCCGCUCUUCACGGCCAUAUGGAUGCUUUCCUUUACCUACACUCUCGUUGCCCCGACCCAAGUAGUGGCCUCUGGAAAAGAUCCAGCGAUGGAGAGACUAUCCUUCACUGCACCAUAGGCCGAGAACACUUUGGGUUGGCAUUUGAAAUCAUUCAUCUUUACGGAAAGGACAUAGUGGGCUCUGUGGAUGAAAAGGGAGUUACUCCUCUCCAUAUCCUGGCCAACAAACCUUCCGCCUUUGAAAGCAGCAGCAAUUUCAGAUGGUACAACAAGCUUGUCUACAACUGCAUAUACGUGAAGUCAUUGAGGAGCCUCGAACAGCACCCAAAGACUGGCCCAUUGCUCCGGAUAAAAUCAUCUGGAAGACAGAGAACCCAGGCUGGAGCGGAUGCAGAAAAUCCAAGUUGGGAUGGACAUGAAAAUGUGCCGCCAAAUUAUUGGACAUGUUUUGACAUUUUCGCGCGUGCGCUCACUUUUGUUAUUCUGUCUGUCGUUGGCAAUGGCACCCUUGGGCUUCGGGAACUAAAGGAUUUGAAGAUGAAGAAACAAAAGCACGUCCGGUGUCGCGAAAUACUGGGUCGACUUUGGGAGCAUAAAGAUGUAGCAUACGUUGGAGGUGGAAGUGCCCUCCACAGCUAUUCCUUACAUCAUGGAACUACCGAAGGAGAACCACCAUUUCCCAGACCUAGUGGUCGGAUCGUUGACAAACAAGGCCAAACGACGAAACAAAAUGAUGAUAGCAAUCAGAAUCAACAGGAAGAUAAAAAGACUGAGGAGGCUAAAAUUGUUGAUGUGGUUGAAAACAAAUUCAAAGGUAACUCUCUGACAUUAAUUAUAUCAGGUCAUUGA